AUGGCCAUCAGCACCAUUUGCACGCAAUUCUUUAGUCUGAAUUUAAUCAUAGUUAUGCCAAUACUCCAAGUGUACACAACACUCGCCCGAAGCCAAAUACCUGCUAAAUUUGCGGCCAAUACGGCUCAGUUGUUGGGCAAAGUGCUCAAUAAACCCAUUACGGCCAUGACUAUUUGCGUCAACUGUGAUCAAAUUAUUUACUCAGCCGAUGAUGUUAUGCUGGCCAAUCAGUUUACGCAACGUCUUGAGCAAAUACAAGCUGUAUUGAUUGAUGUUGCGCAAACUGACGAAUUAGUAGUACCAAGAAAUUACGAUCCAAAUUGCAUGUGCUGUGCUGGUGAAGAUGUCUGCACUACUAAGUUCAGGACUUGUGGCCAUUCAAUUCAUGAGUCGUGCUUGAUGUCGUGGCAGUUAGCCUAUUCCUAUCAGAACUUAGGCGGUAUUGCGGGUUUAGAGAUGUUUGGUGUUUGCCAUCGGGAGGUGCCUUGUGUCACGUGUAAACAGCCAUGUGGACUGCCAUUUUUGGAGUUAUCAGCGGCGAGACAGUCGGAGCUAGCUGAUAGAUAUUAUGCUGAAAUGGAGUCAAUGGUUUCUGCCAACACAGAGCCAUCUGUCGCUGUUCAACCAGCCAUUCCCGAUAACAUUUCUGAGGCGCACGCUGAUGCAAUGUCAACUCGUCGGCUUAGACAAAUAGUUGAAUUGUAUUCUCGACGUAUAGUUACUUUGAGAAAUGCGCCGGGCAAGAAGGGCUGCAGAACAUGCCCUAACACAACCUUAAGACGUGACCCGCAUUUGGACAAUAUGGCCAGAAUGUUGACUCGACCGAUAUGUCCACUAAUCCAACUCGGACAUAGUGCUGAUCCUGAGUUUGUUAGACAACGACGUCUUGAGAUGUUUGCCAAACCAAUUGAUUUGUAA